GAGAGUCGCGCGGCCCCCCGGCACGUCUCCAGAGCCAACCCCCGAUUGUGUUCGGCACCACUGCCUCUUCGUGUGUCACUCGUUUUUCGUGUCAACCCCUAUACCUUAAACUUUACCCUUCGAUGACACGUAAAUAUUAUGUCUAACAUAAAAAAUUCUUAAUAUUAAUAAUAAUAUGUAUAUAAUAAUUGUUCUAAAUUAUAAAAAUUAAUAAGAAAUAAACACCAGUAGCAGAAGAAGUAAACAGAAAAAACACCAUUAUAUUGAUAGAAUAUAAUAGAAAUAUCUUAAAACAUUUACACAUGUACAUAAAAUUAUUAGAAGAAUAAUAUUAAAAUAACUGAUUGACUUUGCUUAAAAGAGAUCAAACUCACGGACGAAAGAACGCGAAAGGAAACUUUUCGAAUGACGCUCCGGUGAUGCGGAAGUGUUUAAAGUUUCCCUCCGAAUACCGGUUUGAUUAAAAAUGCAGUGUUGCGACGGUGGCGAAGUGCUCAAAAAAGACGAGAUGAACGUUUGAGGACCCUUUUCAAUUCAACCCCCUCUUUCUGUCCCUGCUGCAGAACGGAUGAAUGGUACGUGUUAACUGUACAAGGAGAACAAUGAUAGAAGUGACAUGGCGGAUGGUGGUCGUUAUCAUCGUGCUUUGGACAAGUUCAGUGGCUACGACAAAGUCUGCCACUUCGUCUUCUCCCUGUAAACUAACACAGUUUCACUGUGACAACGGACGCUGCAUACCACUGAAUCGCUUUUGUAAUAACGUCAACGACUGUGGUGACUCAACCGAUGAACCAAGAUAUUGUACACGCUGCAACAGGACGUACUAUGGUGAAGUGGGUAAGACGUACGACUUAGAAUUACACCGUCCAAAAGAAGAUAAAAUACCCUUUAUCUGUCACCUUACGUUCAACGCAGGUGGCGGGGAUUUUGGAGACUUAGUGCAGUUGACGUUCGACAGCUUUACCCUCGGUCGCUUUGUCUCUUUUACAUCAGACGGUUGUCCUGAUGGUGCCUUACAAAUCUCAGAGUCUAACCGGCCCCAAGUCGGGGGCUCUUGGUGCGGAACUUCUUGGGGGCCCUCCAUAUAUUAUAGCGAGACGAAUAGUGUGUCUAUCUACGUCAGCUUAUUUCGAUUAUCUAAAGAUCAGAAUGGUUACAAUUUCGAUUUUCGGAUGGAGUAUAAAUUUCUUAAGAAGAAUACUGCUAUGGUUAGAUAUGGAACGGGAAAUCCUUACGUCAACACGACGUCCCCUACUUCAGAAAGCGAAGAGGACGACGAAUACUAUUUGGGAGAUCUCAUAACUGGGACAUACUGCUCUCGGAUUUUCAGCGACUGCGACAAGAAACGUUGUCGACUUCAAUCGCCAAAUUUUCCUGGGGUUUAUCCCCGUAACUUGACGUGUUACUACGCUAUUCGUCAGCAUGAAAUUCUGCCGGGAAAACACGCCUUAAUAACGGUAAAACAACCCAAGGGACAACUUAUUUCCAUCCGGAGCCAAUCGGCUUUAUAUGGAACAGCUAGUACCCGAGAGUUAAAAGUAUGGAACGCUUGCGAUGACGUCCAGGAUUAUGUGACCGUUUACGAUGGAUAUACAACACGGGAUCCUGUUAUUUUGAAGUUUUGCGGUAGCGGGGAAGCCGUUCCAGAAGCUGUUUCUAGUGGGCACGAACUUCUCGUCGAAUUUUCAACAUCCCCUUAUGGAACGUUCCUUCACCCGACUCCGUUACAAAGUUUACAUGGUUUUCAACUCGAAGUUGAGGUAAAGUUUGUUGAUGUGCAAGCGCCGGUUUUUGCAAAAACAAAGCGAAAUUGCGAAUUUUGGAUACGCGGAACAACUCGAGGAGUCUUAGAGACGCCUCUACAUUCCGUUCCGGCAAACACCACGUGCCUCUAUCACUUGCAAGGUAUCGAUACGGCGGCAUCUCCAUCGCCCAUUCCAUUCCGAACGUUGCAACCUCGAUAUCCAGACGGAUAUUGGCGAGAAUCUGCAAUCGUUUUUCCACCUCCGCGUUAUCGUGUCUGGUUAUCCGUUGUGAAAUUUCACGUUAGCGCACCAACGAAUGUUCAAAAACCCGAUCAGGAGAUAUGUCGUAGUUAUUUAAAUGUAUGGGAUGGGCAACUUUGGACUCCGACGAAUUGUAACGGUUUAUCCUGCAACACUGGAAAAGAUAAGUCGAAGAACAUCCAAAAGUCAUCCCAGUCAUCCACCGGGAACAAGAACGUGACCUUGUUGGCCCGUUACUGUAAAGAACACAUGCCCAGAACGUGCGACCAUUCCAUGUUGGCAAACGAAACGAGAUUUCCAAGACCGUGCACGUUAUCGGAAAGCUUUCUUUCGGCGGGGGAUAGCAUCACGUUAGAACUUCGGAUGGCUGACGCUACGGCUCUUAGGCCAGUAAAGUUUCGUGCCCUAUACGAAUUCGUCGACCUUCACUUGGACGGAGAGCCAUUCGGCGAGGGGCCUUGCAAUCGCAGGUUUACGAACCUUCAGGAUGCCCAGAAAAAAUUUCAAGCGCCGAAAGACAUUUUUCUUUAUGGACGGGGCGGCGCAAAAAAUAUUAGCUGCGUAUAUCGUUUUGAAGCGCACAGAGGGGAAAAAGUAAAAAUUACAUUAUCUCAAUUGGUUAUAAAAAAUCGAUCGUGCAAAACGCGUUUUUCUCAAGACACAGAUCGCUUCCAAUGUUACGGAAACACCACUGCCACUAUAAGAUUCUUCGACAUUCCUUGGUCUGACGUUCCAGGAGUACCUCGAGAUUGUCUUUGCUCCGACGACCAAUCAGAUCAACCUUACACCUACGUUUCCACGUCAAAUAUCGUCGAAUUACGUUUUAAUGUGAUUAAUAUGAACGCAUCGGAUGAUUACACUACAUUAUUCUUUGAAGGAUCAUGGAAAUUUAUUAGAACACCAGAAUGUACGCUUAAUAUGAAAAAGAAUGGCCCGAGCGGGGAAAUAUUACUUAAACAUCCAACCGAGAACGCCGAUGAGAUUAACUGCGAAAGCUUCCCGAAUGCUAUUAUUCCAUCACCUCACAAGUACCUCUACGUGAAAAUCAAUGGGAUUAUCCUAAAACAACUAAAUAGACAAGGUAAUGAGACAACUGUAUCUCAAAUGAAAUGUGAGACUCCGAAUCGGAUAACGGUUCACACCCCAAUUUAUUCGGCUAUAAUAUGCCCGUACGAGUCAUCUUCAAGACGUAAUCUAGUCGAGGUAUUCUCCGAAGGAUGGAUGGCUAAUAAAGAUCGACCACUAUCUGUUGAUAAGAUUUCAAUUGACCAUUUGGGAAAAGAGCUUUCCAGAAGUAUUAUGAUAGAAUUUCUCGGGAAAGAAGAUGCUACUUAUUCAGUUACGUGGUUGGAAUUGAGUAGACGGCGUAAAGAAAUCCCACCAAACGGAAUGGGAUUAAUAAUAAUGAUGCACGACGAUUGCGAACAUCGAUGUCCAGAACUCGACGCUUGUAUAAAUACAACGGUUUGGUGCGAUGGUCGCGAAGAUUGUCCCUCAGGAGUCGACGAAUCUUUAACGCAUUGUUCCGUAAUCCUCCAAUUACCGCCGUUAUACCUCUUUCUACUUGUCGUUUGCAUUUUGGCGACGUGUUUUUCAUCUUGUUACGUUGCGUACCGAAAGUGUCGUCGAAGACCCCGUUCUAUUCUACAAACACGUUUGAAAAGCCUCUCUUCGGAUACCGCCAUCGUUGACGAGAAGGGGGUGAUUUGCUGACACAGCGACAAUUCUGUACGUUAUGUUGAAGUCGACCGCGUUACGACGGUGUGACGACGAAGUCGUUUCGACGACGUCUUCGUCCGGGUCGCGUUUCAAUAGAACGUGCAGAAUUGAAAAUAUUCCGACAAUUUACCUCUCUGGUGGAAAUAGUUGGAGGUGGAUAUAAUAAUCAUUACGAUUAUGGGGUUCCAGACGUCGACUUUCCUGGUGGUUGUUUUUGAAAGAGCGUCAAGUAUAAUGUAUUUGUACAAGAAAUGAUGUGAAUGAAGGUUUUUUUUAAUUAUAUAAAAUAGGGUUGCUUUUUAAAAGGGAAUCAUGAUACGUUUAAGUGUUUUAGGUUUGAUUAUGAAAUUGUGUCUAAAUCGAAAAAGAAAAUAUUCUUCGUAAUUUGUUACCGUCCUACCUGUAUAAUUGUUGCAAAAAAACAUUACUGCCACUAAAAAAUUUAAAAUAAAACUAAAAACGCCAUCGAACCGAAAAAUAAAUAAUCUACCAGAAACUGCCAACUAAAAAACAAAAAGAAUAUAAAUCAAGAUAGGGAACAAUCAUAAAAGGAGAGAUUAAAAAAAGUUAGGGUGAAGGAAGAAAUCAAAACGUGUUCUAACCGGCUCUCUUUAUCGAUUGCUAAGUGGCAAUUUGCUCUGUUUGAUUAUAAUUAUUGAUUAUUAAUUAUAAGGCGCGACAAUAAUUGUUAACAGUUACCUAAGCUAUUCGUUUUUCGCUAUAAAUAUGAUAUUUACGGGCUCGGAAGGAACCGUUAAGAAAAAGUAAAAAACGACCGUACACUUAGGACCAAUUUAAAGAAUUUUGCGUAACACUAGAAAUUGUGAUCGUGAUAGGUACCUGUUUUGGACGCUGGAAAGAAAUCAAAGAGAUCCCCAUCCCAUGGAUCAGUGCUUUACGAAAUGGUCGCUCCUACGUUUGAUACGAAUCUUAUAAAAUAUAUUCGCGAUAACACUAUAAAUAUGUACAUAGUUAAAGUAAUUAAUUAAAAAAGAAAAUUGAAAUAAAAAAGUAACUAAAGAAAUAGAAGAAAUUAGAAAUCAAAAUGAUUUUUUUAUAAUAAAAAAUAAUUUACGAAUUACCAAAAAACGUUAUUACUAUAUUAGUAAUUUAAAUGGUGAGAUAUAAAUUGUGUGUAUAAGACUAAAAAAUAACUCUUUAAUAAAAAAAUGUUUGAAUGAAUAACCGACAAUGACGUAUGCGAAAUAAAAACAGUUCUGUGAACAAAAUUAAUUAAACCUUUUGUAAAUACAAAUUUAGAUCGAUCGUAAAAAUUUGAUCUUUCGUGUUCAACGUGCUUUGUCGUCUAUUUUAGGGCAUCUCAAUAAACGCAUAUCAACCUCGUCGGCCGAUUAACCGCAAUAAAAAAAGGAAAUUUGCAACACUGCCUUCACCGGAACAGUGCGUUAAAAACAAUUAUUUAAAAAAUAAUGAAAAGGAAAUUAAUUGUAAA